AAAAAAAAUUACACAUUCAUGUGUUUGUACAGAAGCAAGAAAAAAAACUUGCGAAAAUAACAAAAAUAAAAUAAAUAGCUUUAACCAAUUAAAUUCGGCCCUAUUUUAAAUGUAUUUUGUAACCACACACCACUCACUGACUGGAUGACAACGAAACGAAACGAUCCAUGUCCGAAAAAAAACUCAAUGUCCAUUGUGGCCAAAGAAAUUUUUAUUUUUAUUUUUUUUUUUUGCUUGUCAACCACCAUAUUGGCCAUAUUUCAACAUUUAUUCAUUCGAGGAAUGUGUGUAAACGAACAAAAUUUAUACAAACACGUACUUGUUGCUUUUAUUUUAAUUGAAUGAAAAAAAAACAUAAGAAAAAUUAUCCUCAUCAAUGUACAGAUAACAUGAAAUGAUUAUAAACAUACAUAAAUUUUUCAAACAAAAAAUUCAAAUGCUUACGGCCUUUUUUCGUAUAUAUUGACAAUUUCGAAUAUUUAUCCAUACAUACAAUGAAUGAUCGUAAUGAAUGAAUUCGAUUGAUUUCUUUUUGAUGUAAAAAAAAACAAAAAUCUGCAUUUUUCCCUCUUUUUUUCCAGUAACAAAAUCUCGAAAUCAAAUUGAAAAAUGUCUUCGAUAGAAAUGUGCCAUCAAUCUGGUUCGACGGCUUCGCCCGUUGAUAGUUCAAAUCCCAAUCGUCAUCAUCAUCAACAUCAUAAUCAUUCCUCAUUCGACCUCGAAGGUCUUGAAGAGUCUCUCGUUGAUAACAACGAAGAUGAUGAUGAUGAUGAUGAUGAUAAUUUUUUAAUGAUGGACACGAUGAUCAUUAGUAAUCAUCAUCGUGGAAUGAAUGAUUCCUCAAUGAUUCAACCAAUGACAACGACGGCAACCAACGGACCCAUGACCGGAACAUAUUCACCGGGAAUAAUAUUCGAUCAUAAUCUAUACCUUAUACGUGAAGCAUUGAUACGUGAUUCGAAUAGCCGUACUGAAGAUGAUAUUGAGAUUAUUGUCCGUUUUUUAUCCAUAAUCAAUUCAAAUCAUGAUCAUAUGACCCGUAGGCGAUUGGCACCACAUUUUGUUCUAGCCGAAAUCGAAGCUCGUGAUACUCGUGUAUUAACACAUGGUGAAAAAUUGGAUGCCUACUGUAUAGUUGCUGCUGGAUCAUUACGACAUGUACUUCCAUGUGAAGAUGAUGGCCUAAUAAUGCAACAACAAGACCUACAGGAAACCUCAGUAGAUGAUGACAAUUAUAUGAUGUCUAUGCCUACGGCGUCAUCUACAUCGACCACAGAUACGACAAACAGUUAUUUACCUCAUCAUCAACAGCCAAAUAAUAAUCCACAAGUUGAAUCCUCAUCAAAUGUAGCACAAAUAACGACGAAUGGAUCAUCGACUUCGAAUCCUAAUCUCCAUCAUCAUCAUCAUCAUCACCACCACCAGCACCAUCAUCAUCAUCAUCAAAAUACUCGUUACCUACAUGUUGGUGAUGAAUUUGGUGCACAUCUCGAUGAUCGUGUUGUCUACGGAGAGAUAUUCACAAAUGAAGAUUUUGUCUGGGUUUUAUGCGUACCUCAUGUUAUCUUUGAUCAGAUAUGUGGCGAAAAGACAUUCAAAACGAUACGCGAUGAAGUUACAGGUAAUAUAAUUGAAAUGCGUGCCAAUUGUCUGUUGCCACCACCACCAUCUCUAUCGUCUGGUGUUGCUACUAGUAAUAAUCAACAACAGCCAAAAUUAGCCGAUGAUAUUAAUUCACUUGGAUCGACAAAUUUGACGGCCAGCGAUUUAAGUUUAUCACAACAAAGUGAUGCCAAUAAGUCGUCACAUUUUGAAUUAUUAAAUACGGAAGAUUUCAUCACGGAUAUAAAUGUCUCAGGUUCGGCUACGGCGGUAGUGAAAAGCUCAGCUCAUUGUUCAAACAAUACGGUCACACCGCCAGAUCAGCCGCAGCCUAAAACACCACCAACAUCAUCAAAAAGUCUUUUAAAACAACAACAAUUAUCGAAAACAACGGUCAUUGGCGACACUACAAACGAAUUAAUUCGUGCAACUAAAGAACGUCUUUACGAACUAUUACUCAUGUCCGACCCUAAUGAAAUUUUUAUUGAAGAUUUUCUACUCACAUUUCGAAUAUGGUCCGAAAAGGAUCUGCAUCCAUCCAAAGAUUUGAAAAUUAUGGCCGAUCUAAUGCGCCGGAUUUGUGAAUGUAUUAUUUCAAAUAAUCAACUUGUAGAAAAUUGUGUUAGAAUAGUAUUGAUAUGGUUGGUCAAUCAUUACCAGGAUUUUCAAAAUGAAAAUCGAUAUUUAUUGGAUGAGUUUGAAAAUGCUUUGAAAGAAAAUUCUGUACAUAAAUCUCAAUUACGACUUUUCUACAUGCAUUUAUCGGCCAAAUCAUUUGAACGACAAGUGACCGUUACUCGUAGUGAUCGUAAUGCACCGUUAAUUUUCUCAUUGAUUGGUGGCUAUGAAUGUUCUGCCAGACUUUUUAUCGGUGAAAUAUUGCUCAAUAACAAUAAUAGUGCGAGUCCCAUUCAAUCUCCAUCAUCAUCUGCAACAACCACACUAUCCAAUAUCGACCUUAGGCCGGGUGACCGUGUCAUAUCGAUCAAUGGUGUUGAUUGUCAUGUGAUGCCCAUCGCAAGAGCAUAUGAACUUUGUCGUUCAUCUACUCAUUUAUCAUUGCAAGUUAAAUAUGAUCCUCAUUUGUUCUAUGCAUUGAUCGAAGGACGUCAUGAAACGAAAAGACAAAUUGUCGAAACGUUUCCGUUAACAAAUCGAUUGUCAACAUCAACAACGACAUCAUCAUCAUCAUCGUCAUCCACAUCCUCAGGAUUCGGUAGUUCAUCAUCAACAUCAUUGUCCAGCAUAAAUUCAAGUCAAAACCCGUUGUUGACAACAACAAAAGAUGGUAAAAAAGAAAAAGAAGGCUGGAAACUGAAAGUUCGUUCACUUGUAUCAUCAACGACAAAUCAGUUGAUAUCAUCUACAACAAACAUGUUGCAUAAUAAUUCAUCUACAUCCAUAUCGAAUAACAAUAACAAUAUGAAUCAAUCAAACCAUAAUCAAUCAUCAACAAGUUUAUCAUUGAAUUCUAAUACGGGGACUGGUAAUGGCAAUGGUUCUUCUUCGGCAACUCAUCCUCGAAUAUUGUCUUAUGAAAUACCGGAAAUAAUUAAAAUUUAUUCAUUUGAACAUAAUGAUUGCUGUUUUCUACCGAUACAUUCGUCUACAACUGUUCGUGAAUGUAUACAAUUAGCAUUGCGGCAAUUUAAAUAUUCAAACAAUUAUUCAAGUCGUGAUUUCGCUUUAUAUGAAUAUUCAGUCAUAUUCAAUAAUAAUGGAAACAGUACAAAUGGCUGUGUUGUCGGUGAUGAAAAUGCUGCUGUCAAUAAUAGUUCAACUGUGGUCAAACGAUUGAAUGAUGGAACGAAUGAUUUAGUCGCUAAUCUUGGUCUAAACUCUCGACUUUAUCUAAAGCUUGUUUCACAACCAAAAGAUUCUAGCCAUGUUGGUGAACCAAUGACCGAUUCUGAUAUUGCCAAAGAAAUUAUCAAAGAUUCAUCAAUCAAUUCCCUCUUGACUUUGAAAGGUUAUGCUAUUGCUCGUGAAUUAACUGCCCGUGAUUUUCGUUUGUUUUGCAAGAUCGAAGCUCAACAAUUUGUAUAUGAUUUAGCAUUCAAUGAUCCAAAUUCAAGUAGUUCAAAUCAUAAAAAUAAUGGAGAACCUAAUAUUAUUUUUGAUCGAACACGUGACCUGCAAGAAUUCGAACGAAAAACUAAUGAGGAGAUGUUUUGGACAAUCAAUCAGGUCCUAGGCGAAAAAAGAUCUAUAUCAAAACGAGUGAAAGCGAUAAAACAAUUGAUUAGAAUAGCAACAUUAGCUAUGAAAUUGAAUAAUUAUAAUACAUUGUUUGCCAUACUUAGUGGUUUAAUGCAUUUAUCUGUGUCACGAUUAAAAAGUUGUUGGGAUAAAGUGCCAACAAAACAUCUGAAACAACUUCAAAAGUUGCAACAACUUAUGGAUCCAUCUAGGAAUUUCUAUAAUUUCCGUCAACAAUUAAUGCAAAAAUUGCGUGAAGAUAAUGGUGCAUCGAUAAUCAUUCCAUUCUUUCCGUUGGUAAAAAAAGAUCUAAGUUUUAUUUGGCUUGCCAAUCAAACUUAUAUAAAUUCUGCACCGGAACCACAAACUCCAUCAUCACAGGAUUCGAAUAAAUCAACAAAAGAAAUAUUAUUAUUAGUGAAUUGGGAAAAGAUGCGUCUAUUAUCAGAAAAGAUUCGCGAAAUACAGAAAAUGGCCAAUACAACAUCUUUGGCUUUAGCUGCCAUCAAUGGAUUAAAUAACUCGAAUACCUCAUCGUCAUCCACAUCAAAUUUAGCACAAUCAACCAUUGCUACUAAUGAACCUAUUGAUCCAAAUCUUUUAUUUCGAAUAUUUGCCGAUCAAUUAUCAACAUCGGAAUAUAAAUCAUCAUCUGAUCAUAAAAAAUUAUGGGAAAAUCAACGUAUGACUAAGCGUGUUCAAUCAUUUCUCGAUGAAAGUUUUUCAUCGAUUAGUUCGGAUGAACAUGAACUAAUGUCUCGAUCAUAUUCAUGUGAAUUACCUCAAACACCAAAUUCAUCAAGUCUUGCAGCAACGACACGUUCGUCGAUUGCAUCAACAAUGUCAUCGAAUUCACAGCUAUCACAUCCAUCGCCUACGCCAUCAUCAGCUUCAUCAUCAUCGAAUUCAUUGUCAAUGAAUUCUGAUGGAACACCGCAUGGUCCAAAUAAUAAUCACUCCCUUCUUUACCGACCACAUAGGCCUAAAUUUGGUCAAACAUCACCCAAACAACUGCGGAAAUUGUUAGCACUUUCGGACGGUGCUGUUAUUGUACCACAUAGUUCCAAUCAAUCCGGAACUGGAGCUAGCGGACAAAGUGGUGGUGGUGGUGGGGGUAGUCAUCAUCAUCACCAUCAUCAUCAUAAUACCCCAACCACAGCAUCAAAUCAUACCAACAAUGCUAGUCACAAUCAUCAUCACCAUCAUCCACAACAACUUUCGAAUAAUUCAAUGUAUAAUAACAGCGGUGGCAACAAUAAUAGCCAAAGAAUAUCAAGCCAUCAUCAAUAUCAUCAUCAUGGCUCUUCAUCUAAUCUUAUGGAUAUUAAUGUAGGUGGCAGUAAUAGUACCUUAUCAUCAUCGACAUCAUCAAAUUAUUAUUAUGGUGGAUCUCAUCAUCAUCAUCAUAAUCAUUAUAGUUCAAUAACAUUAAUGAGCAUGCAUCAACAUUAUGGAAAUGGUCCCGCAAAUCAUCAUGCACCACACCCUUCGUCAUCAAUGUCAAAUACCAAGACAACACAUCCGAUAUCAAUGAUCAAUUCUCCAUAUUCUAAUAGUAUGUGCUGUUCAACAGGAGGACCGCCAUCCAUUCCUUGUUGUAGUUCAGGAUCACCAUCAUUGUAUCCGAAUCAGCUAUACUGUCCAUGUUGUACACCUCCACCAAAUGCAUUGAUGCGUCCAUCUAUGAUCAUGAUGAUGCCACCACCACAGACUUCCGGCCUAAUGCAUCCUACAUGUCCAUGUGUGACCAGCAAUACAACCAUUACAACGCGACAAUCCAGUCGUGGCCGACAAUCAAAUACACUACCUCCUAAACAAUCAUUACCUGUUGAAUCAUCAUCGGUAACCUCUUUACGACGAUUAGAUCAAUAUCAAAUGCCACGUGGUCGUGGACCAUCGGUUAAUGCUCCACAAUCAUCAAAUUCAUCCUCCACGGGCAAACAAACUGGCCGACGUCCACAAUGUCCAGAUUAUGAUACGACCAUGCAAAGAAUUUGUGGAGGUAGUAGUUCACUAGUAACCACAAAUGGAUCAUUGGUUGGACCUAAUGGGCCACAAACCUCACAAUCCACUUGUUCAAAACCAACCGUUGCAACGGUUAAACAUCAUCGUCAGGCUAGCCAUCAUCGUGAGGACAUUGUCUGACAAAAGCAUUGAUAAUAUAUCUUACAAGCUAGAUAGCUAUACCAAAAAUUUUUUUUGUCCAAAAUUAAAUCAACUACUGCUGCUAUCUUUAUUCAACACAAAUUUUUUUUUAUUUUAAAAAGUUCAAAACAAUUUACGAACACAUCCACAUAUCAUGCAGGAACGCCUUUCAUUUUUUA